UUGCGAUUAUCCCAUGCACUUGGGCGCUAUUGCCGCACCAUCAUAGGACUCGUUCAAUCCGCGUGGUAUGAUAAAAUUCGAGGUCAUGGUUUUCCUAGGGCUUCAGGCAAUAUUUCUGUUUGUCGACAUUUACCGGCGCUAACCCACUCCCCCAGUCUCUCGAGAACUCAAUUGACCCAUUAGCAUUCAAAUCCGAGAGGGAGAAGUUCGAUCUAUUGCGUGUGCUCUCGAGACGGAGGUGGAGGAGGGAGAGAGAGAAGAGUGACCAGAGAGGCCUACAUUUGCUGUGAAUGCCGCAUUUGGAGCGUCUAAGUUAAUGGGUAGAAGCCAGUGAUGAGGGAUUACCUGCGCUGGUCGGAGUUUUUUUGAGAUCUGGUGUGAGUGGAAGGGAAAAAGGCUAGCACGGGAGUUCAUGUCUCACCCACGAGUUACGGUCACCUUGGGGCGUGGCGGGAAGCGGCGUACUGCGGAAUAUUGGAAUCGGUGUGCUAAUUCUCUCAAGUAGCAGGAUUUGCUCUAUUGGUGAGUGGUUCUCAAGUCUGCAUGUUUGGCAGUGGAGAGACACGUGACUGUUCCUACAGAGAUGUAUGCCGAUCGCACAACUGGAGACUGGAAUAGGAGGCGAUCAAUUAGGGAACGACUGGGGGUUUGGAUGGAGCCAGUUCGUGCCGCGCCGCAGUCAACUGGUGCCAAAAGGCAUAGAGACGUUGAGGGGCAAUGGAAGCAUGAUAUGUUUUUUGACGAAUCUAAUCAUGGUUCCCGAGGUCAACAAACCUUAGCUGGACGUACAGGUGGCCCAGACUUGCGGUCAAAACUAGCUAGACAAGGCUCAAGAAAUGGUAAUCAAGGAAACGCAGGAAAUGUCGUUGAUCUGCGUGAUAAGUUGUCAGGCCUCGUAAGUCACCAAGCCACUCAUGUGCAUGAAAGUCCAAAAGUGCAGCGACGAGUCGCAUCCGUAGUUUUCAAUGGCACAAGUGCUACGCAAGGUGCGGCUUCAACAGCAGUCCCUGCCCCUGUCUCAGCCAGAUCGGUUGCAACUGUAAAAAGACCUGUGGAUGGAAAGGUGCCAAAUACUGAAGAGCAAACAGUGCGUACUUUUCUCCAUUCAUUGGGACUAGAGAAAUACGUAGCCACGUUUCAAUCUGAGGAGAUUGAUAUGGCUGCCCUUGGGCACAUGAGUGACAAUGAUCUUAAGGAACUUGGUGUGCCGAUGGGACCAAGAAAAAAGAUUUUGCUGGCAAUCAGAGGUAAAGAGUGAGUAGUUAUUGGGAUGUGUACGAACAGAUGCAGUCGGGUCUGUGAUAAAUCUUCAAUCCGAAAAUUAGGUUUGGCCCUUUGGAGAUGAAUGAUGAACGAUGAAACUUAAUGGUGGUGGAUGUGGCCAUCUUGACAUUCGCACUGGGUGGUGUGUGCAUCAUUCCAUGACUGAUGAAUGCGGGUGUGGAUUUCAGAAGACUAUGGUUUCAAAAAGACAUUGAGAAUUGGAUAAAGUUAGCGAUGGAGUCGCCUUGUGAUGUUUCACUCUGUAAUCCUGACAUUUUCCAGCAAGCUUGUAAUUGGUUACAGUUGUUUAAGGUUUUACCAACUUAUCCCAGCAGAUGAUGUGUAACUGUGACCUCAUUCAAAUUUGAUGACAGGAGACCCACGUUUCGUAAACCAAGUUACUUUGAUCGUUAUGAACAUAGAAUUGGUGCUCAUGGCUUAUAUGUAUUCUAGAUAGAUCCAUGUGCUUUAUGACACUUACAGCAAGGAGUAUGGAAUGUUAGCAGCUGA